AUGCCACACCAGAGCCUCGGUUUCAUACUGGCUGACAAUGGCUUUGACGUGUGGUUGGGCAACGUCAGAGGCACGAAGUAUUCACGUCAUGUCUUCCUAAACAAGAUAUACAGGAAGUUUUGGGAUUUCAGCCUUGACGAAAUGAUUAAGUACGACUUACCAGCGCAAAUAGAUUGGAUACUUCGCCAGACCAAGGAAAACACUCUGCAGUUUGUUGGAUGGUCUCAAGGAGGUGGCAUUAUGUUCGGGUUGCUUGCCGACAAGCCCGAAUACAACAAAAAGGUUAAAUUCUUCCACGCUAUGGCACCGGCGGUUUUCAUGGGUCCUCAUGACGGCACCAGUAAAAAAACUGAUUAAGUUGACAGAUCGU